AUGUGGAGAGCUAGCAGCAUGUCGGCGGAGCUGGGAGUCGCGUUUGCUCUGCGGACAGUGAAGGAGCGCGUGCAGCAGGCGGUGGCGCGGCGGCCGCGGGACCUCCCAGCCAUCGAGCCCCGGCUGGUAGCCGUCAGCAAAACCAAACCUGCAGAUGUGGUGAUUGAGGCCUACAGCCACGGCCAGCGCACUUUCGGAGAGAACUAUGUUCAGGAACUGCUAGAAAAAGCAUCAAAUCCAAAAAUUCUGUCUUCAUGUCCUGAGAUUAAAUGGCACUUCAUUGGCCACCUGCAAAAACAAAAUGUCAACAAAUUGAUGGCUGUCCCCAAUCUCUUCAUGCUGGAAACAGUGGAUUCUGUGAAGUUGGCAGACAAAGUGAACAGUUCAUGGCAGAAAAAAGGUUCUUCUGAAAGAUUAAAGGUUAUGGUCCAGAUUAACACCAGUGGAGAAGAGAGUAAACAUGGCCUUCCACCUUCAGAGACAGUAGCCAUUGUGGAACACAUAAAUGCCAAGUGCCCCAGCCUGGAAUUCGUUGGGCUGAUGACCAUAGGAAGCUUUGGGCAUGAUCUUAGUCAAGGACCAAAUCCGGACUUCCAGAUGUUAGUGUCCCUCCGGGAGGAGCUGUGUAAAAAGCUGAACAUUCCUACUGACCAGGUUGAGCUGAGCAUGGGCAUGUCCAUGGACUUCCAACAUGCAAUUGAAGUAGGAUCUACGAAUGUCCGCGUAGGAAGCACCAUUUUUGGAGAGCGAGAUUACUCAAAGAAGCCUGCCCUGGACAAGUCCACAGCAGACCUAAAGGCCCCCGUGGAGGGGUCCCAGGCACACUGA